AUGAAGGAUUCGUUGGGAAACGAUAUCCAUGGGGAGAUACCAAGCAUAGGUGAGUCCAAACUCAGCAUAGACCAUCUUCCACCAGAGCUUCUUGUGGAAAUCUUUUCCAAAUUAGAGCUUUUUCAACUACGCUCCAUUAGGUUGGUUUGCAAGAAAUGGAAUAGCGUUGUUUCUGAUCCCAUCGUUUGGGAGAAGUCAUUCCGAACAAAAUUCGGUAACGAUGAGAUAUUCCCCAGCUUUUCCGGCACCAGUAGCUGGCUUGUUGAGUAUCUAAGUCGUCUAAGCAACGCUAAGAGGUGGAAGAAGGCCCCAGGACAACAUUUGACGUAUCAAGUGAUCAAUGAGGAAACAGGACAUAAUGAUAGCUGUUUAACCAAUUUCUACAGUGAUAGGUUCUUGUCAUAUUCUCGGGUCAACAAUAAUGUGUCUAUUUGCACAUUGCAUAACGGUAAGAACCAGACUUUUAUCCCCGGUAACCAUUAUGCUGUCCGAUCGUAUUCUGUGAACUGGAAUUACUUAGUAUUUGGAACACGUGAAGGUGGACUUUACAUCAAGAAUUUGAUCACAUCAACGUCUUCAGGAAACCGUUCAUCUGUCAAAGAAGUGAUACCUGAUCAGAAUGGUCCCGAAGAUCACGAAAUAAUAGAGAGCAUACACUUGAGCCAGGAGUUUGACAAGAACAAGGUUAAACCUGAUAUUAUCACCGGAUCUUCAUUAGGGGUAGUAUCGACCUACAACUUGGACGGCGCAUUGGUUCACAGCUGGAAGGUAGGGGCCACCAUAAUCAGAGUAUUCUCUGAUUUCAAAAAGCAUAUUAUUGCUUUCACUUCUCAUACCAUAUCUAUUAUAGACUAUACCUCACACAAAGUGGAAGAAGUGACCAUUGACAUUCAAAUCGGGCCAGAAACGAUUAUAGACAUCGACUUUGGUGACAAUAAUAUCGUCAUAUGUUCAGAAAACCAUAUACGUGUGGUUGACUACAGCGAUCCUACCAUUUUUAUCCGAAGACUUGAUUUGGGGUUCAAUAUUAAAAGAGGUAAACUCCAACAGUUGGGCCAUCGAACCAGAAGGGAUACUCUGUUGGUUGGUAAAGAUGGGUUGUACUACGCAAACGUAUUGGAUGACGAUACGGUCAUUGUUUGGAAUGUGAGAGAAUCUACCGAAACAAUAAAAAUCAGGUGUAAGUUCCAAACAGAAUUCAAGUACAAAGAAUUGAAUUUCAAUAGAGGAAUCCCUCCCAACGGGAGAGACAGAGAUUACACUGUCAACGCAGUUGAGCUCAAUAGCUCUGUAAUUAUUGUGGGAGGGUUCAAUGGGUAUUGUAAUGUUCAUGAUAUCUUUACGGGUAAGUUUUUGAGAGAAUGCUCAAUCAAAUUCCCCAAAAAGUAUCCAUACAUGUACAAUUAUCAAAUACCCGUGAAGGAUAUUCAACUCAAUGAAAGGUUCAAUAUCACCAACGGAAUCAUUCUCUGUGCAGAUUUAGUCCAGUAUUUCCAAUUUGGAGACAGUGACCGGGAUAAUACAAAAACCGAAAAGAAAAAAUCUAGCAUCGGCGAGGCUGUAAAAAAGGGCCACACCAUUAAGAAGACAAUUAAGGAUCAAUUGGAUGAUUAUGACUUGGAAGAAUACAAAAAAGAUGAACUUAAUAAAAUGUUUACAAAGUACAAUGGAAGUGAAUUUUCUAGUCAGGAAGAGCUAUCGAUUGCUAUAGCUUUGAGUAAAAGUGCAAGUUCCCCAGAACAAGGAGAUCAACAAGACGAAAGUGAACUGUUGAGACGGGCCUUGGAGCUCUCCAGGAACCAAACUAUCUCUACAGAAGAGUCCGAUGACGAAGAACUUCUUAGAGUAUUAGAGCUCUCUAAGCACGACAUGGUGAUUUCUCCAACAAGUCUUCAAUCAGCGAAUGAAGAAGAGGAUGAAGAGCUCCGAAGGAUUCUUGAAUUAUCAUUGGCCGACCAUUAA